AAGGGUGCACUUACCUACAUGCAGGCAUAACACUCCUACACAUAAAAAGGUGCUGGUUCGCCUUAGGAGAGUGCUGCAGAUGGCACAGCGGAAAGAGGGAAGGAAGGACCUGGAACCUUCGAAGACACUGAACCACACAGAGCACCAACCAGUGGUUUCUGUUCCUGAGACUUUGCUGAGUUUGGCUGGUUUGGGUUCUGUGUCCUGGGAAACCCCUCAGUACUUAGCAUACUCUAUGAUAAUAUGCUAUUGCCAGACAUAUGAGCGAGUCCCAGAAGAGACCAAGAGAAUUACCCAGCGGACCCCAGCUUAAAUUCCUGACUCAUUAACACAUGAGGCAUUAAACUGGAUACAGCUACUCACAGACCAGAUGGCCAGGUCAAGAGGACCAGCAACAGUAAGAUGUGGAAGAAAACUGACCCUCAACCCAAGAUCAAAGCAGGGGAUAGACCUCAGACUUGCCAGUCCAAGGUUCUAGGAUCGGCUCCCAAACCAGCAAUGUCACACCCUCUAGAGCUGUCAGAAUUUCAGAGCUUCCCAGUAUUUGAGGACAUUAGCCAUCACAUCAAAGAAGUAGGAGCCCAACUGGUAAAGAGAAUCAGUGCUGUCUUUCAGCUAGACAUCACCAAAGAUGGGAAGACUGUUCUUCAGUGGACCAUUGACCUGAAGAAUGGUUCAGGAGACACGUACCUGGGAUCUGCCAGAGUCCCAGCAGACACUGUCUUUACCAUCCCUGACUCUGUGUUUAUGGAAAUAAUUGUGGGCAAAAUGAACCCACAGAGGGCUUUCCUGGCCGGCACGUUCAAAGUGAGAGGCAAAGUUCUGCUUAGCCAGAAGCUGGAGAGGAUCUUCAGAGAAUGGGUUAAAUUUUAAGCACGCAGAAAUUCCAAGGAAAAGAUCAAAACUUCUGGCUGAUUAUAAUGUCGAGUUGCAACCAUGCUUAAACUGAAGAUUAAAGUUUAAAAAGUAGCCAGUAUUUUUUACUCAAAUUCUUCCUAAAGUUUGAUUCAUUUUCCUGCUCAUGUGUAUGCUUGCUGUG